CGCUUAACAACUAGCUACCAGAGCACACCGGUCAGAAAGACCGCUCAUCACCAUCAUGCCUGGUGUUCGUAAGUCCAGAGCACCAUCUUCAAACGCGCCAUAGCCCCAGACGCGGUCGACAAUGUCAAGCGGCUGUUGAAGGGCAUGUUCAGGCGCGGAAAGAAGAGCAAACAAGAGACCCCCGCCGACAGCACCUCUGCAGCCCCGUCUACCGCUCAGGCCCCGGCGAAGCCAGAUGCGCCUGCUGCACCUCAACAACCAGCCUCGCCGGCAACACCAGCCAGCCCACCGUCUGCCACGACCGCUGCGCCAGACACAAAUAAGCAGCUACCUUCGCAGCCGGCAGCUCCAGCAGCUCCGGUGGCUCCAGCAGCUCCGGCGGCUCCAGCAGCCAACGCCGCGGCCGCAGCACCAGCUGCUGCAUCGUCGACUUCUGGUCCCGCGGCUUCGGCAACUGCACCAGCUGCGGAGUCUGCUCCCAUUCCACCUCCAAAGACGGACGGCGCUGCAGAUCAAUCCCAAGUCGCAGACACUACCAAUGUUGAGCAAAAGGCGAGCCCACCACAAGCAGAUGCAGAGAAGAGCGUGACCGAUACCGCUGCCAUUCCACCGCCAACUCCAGUCACCGCAGUAGAGAAUACACCUCCAACAGCAGCCCCAGUGGCACCAACCGCGCAGUCGGAGACUAAAGAGCCAGCGCCGACGCCGAAGCCUGGUGCAGACGUCGAAAAGUUGCCUGUGCUUGCAGAACCUCCUGUCGUGCAGCCUACACAAAGCGCGCCAGGCAUGUCUGCGACUUCCGGACCGCUCGAGGACUUUCCAGAGGGUACGAAGUAGACGUUCUGGCUCAUGGCGUUCGGGUUCACGUUCGAGUCUUUUAGGCUCUUAGCGAUUGCAAUUUGUACAUAUUGCGGCACGGCAAUGCCACAAUCUGGGUCUCAUCACCGGGACCUGUCUGCUGGCAUUGCGGAAUAGUUCAAAUCGGCGGCUAGUGAGUACGGCAGAAUCAUUUGUGGCCUGUUGGGCCGCCCACUUUAUACCCUUUGUGAGUUGUUGUAUGCAAACCUGACCAGAUCACCAAUGUUCUACGUGUAGUCUCAGAGCCGAUGCUGGCUCAUCUGUGGUCUGAUCGCCUCUUUCGCAAGCGCAGUUACAUCGGCGGUAAGAGGAAAUUGCAGCCGCGAUCAGAAGCCACAGCUCAGAUGUAAACAGAGUGCGACUGUGAAGAAUUCGAGCAUUUACAGGCGUGGCAUUGAAGGAAGGGCUUGUUGCUAAAGAUGGACAAUGGGCUGUUUGUCGUUCGUAUACACAUUUGACCACCUUGCGAAUUGCAUGAAGUCGGCC